AUGGCUGCUGGGGCGAACUGGCGAGGGAAGCCGAACCGAGGGAGGCUUCUGGUGCCGGUCGCGGUGCUGCUGCUGCUGCUGGAGUUGGCGUGCCCGGCUAAUGCACUGGAGAACGGGCUGGCUCUGACGCCGCCCAUGGGGUGGCUGCACUGGGAACGCUUCCUCUGUCAGACCGACUGCUCCCAAGACCCCUACCGAUGCAUCAGUGAAAAAUUAUUCAUGCAGAUGGCUGAUCUGAUGGUGUCCGAAGGCUGGAGGGAUGUGGGGUACCAGUACCUGUGCAUCGACGAUUGCUGGAUGGCUCCGACCCGUGACGAGCAGGGCCAGCUGCAGCCGGACCCCAAACGUUUCCCCAGUGGGAUCGCCAAAUUAGCUGACUAUGUCCACUCCAAAGGACUGAAGCUGGGCAUUUACGCAGAUGUCGGGAACAAAACCUGCGCUGGCUUUCCUGGCAGUUAUGGUUACUACGAGCUGGAUGCAAAAACCUUUGCCAGCUGGGGGGUGGACCUCCUCAAGUUCGACGGUUGUUACUGCAACACACUGAACCUGCUGGAAGAAGGUUAUAAGACCAUGUCCCGGGCUUUGAAUAAAACCGGCAGAAGCAUUGUGUACUCCUGCGAAUGGCCACUCUACGAGAAGUUCUUGCAGAAGCCCAACUACACUGAGAUAAAACAGUACUGUAAUUACUGGAGGAAUUUUGCUGACAUCUAUGAUGCCUGGAGUAGCAUCAGGAAUACUCUGGACUGGACCGUUCUUCAUCAGGACAACAUCACCAGCAUCGCUGGGCCAGGGGGCUGGAACGAUCCAGACAUGCUGGUGAUUGGAAACUUUGGACUGAGCUGGGAUCAGCAGGUAACACAGAUGGCAUUCUGGGCAAUGAUGGCAGCUCCGCUCCUAAUGUCCAACGACUUGCGCCACAUUAAUCCAGCAUCCAAGGCCCUGCUCCAAAACAAGGAAGUGAUUGCCAUCAACCAGGAUCCACUGGGCAAGCAGGGAUAUCGAAUCACCAAGGACCACAAUGGCUUGGAAUUGUGGGAGCGGCCUCUUUCGGGUGGGGCCUAUGCCAUAGCCAUAAUGAACAGUCAGGAGAUUGGCGGGCCUCAGACUUACAUGGUAUCUCUCACCUUCCUUGGGAACGGCUUGGCCUGCAACCCUGCUUGUUCUGUUCAGCAGAUCCUUCCCACCAGCAGAAAUUUGGGGCUCCAUAACUGGAUUUCAUUCUUGAAAGUGUUGGUGAACCCAACAGGCACUGUCCUGCUGAAGACUGUGGUGAUUGAGGAAAAACGAUCUCUGGGCAUCUUAUAACGUGGCUCUUCGAACCAUUCUGAGGAAGGUCAUCUGCGGUUUUGCUGAAAGCUUAAGUCUCAGCAGACUGAGCCACCUUUUCCUAAGCCUUGUGACUGUUAACUGUUGAGGGAUUGUAAAGGAAUGGCAGAUCUUUUGAGUCACAAGAAUGUUUUCUUCCUCUGUGCUCUUCCUUCUCCCCCCCCUCCCCCCCCAAAAAAAUUUGGUGAAGAAUACAAGAGGGUGUGGUAUAUUAAGAGGCAAUGGAUGCCACUCAAAAUCAGUGUUGCAGGCAGGUACAUGAAGCUGAAAGGUGUUUGAGCCGAGCACCAAAGUGCCGUGCCAUCCUGCCAGCUGUGGCUUGCUUAAAGUGCACACACCACCUUGAGCACAGGCAGCUCUUUGUAAUAUGUUUAGAUAAGCGGCCAAGUGGGUCAGAGAUAAAAUUGGAUAGAGGUUAGAUGGAUAGAGGUUUAAUGUGCACAAUCUGCAUUUUUUUAAGGAGAGUAUCGACACCCUUAUUAUUCAGUAAAGGGUUUUACCCAUAUUUCCUUUGUGGUAAAACAAGUCCUGUAGGUACCUGUUUCAACCACAUGGGAGGUGGUGCUUACUCAGCCGGCCCAGGUCUCAAGCUGCUAGACCUGAAUGAAGAAUUCCAGCUCAGCAAAUAUAGGAUUCCUUUUUGCUUACUGGACUGUGAGUUAAAGGUGGAUUUGCUGGGUAACCUACACCCCAGACUUUUUAAAAGCCUUCUCUCCAAAUUAAGAAUCAUUUGGUUUGAGGUUAUUCACUCAGGUAGGUCUUUCCCUAUCAUUUUUUUUUUGUACACCUGAUUCAUUAGCUUUAUAUGCGAGGGACAGGGCCAAAGUCAAUUUCGGGGGGGGGGGGGGGGAAUUAUUUGAAUAAAAAAGGUAAAGGUAGUCCCCCUGGGCAAGCACCAGUCGUUUCAGACUCUGGGGUGACAUUGUUUUCACGGCAGACUUUUUAACGGGGUGGUUUGCCACUGCCUUCCCCAGUCAUCUAUACUUUCCCCCCAGCAAGCUGGGUACUCAUUUUACCGACCUCAGAAGGAUGGAAGGCUGAGUCAACCUGAGCCGGCUACCUGAAACCAGCAGAGUUCAGACUGCAGUACUGCAGCUUUACCACUCUGCACCACGGGGCUCUAAACGGCUGUGCAAAUGAAAUAACAGAAUGAGCUCUAAGCAUAUUUAUCUCUCUGUGUGAUGGAACUCCAACCUAGAUAGCCAGAUUUCAGGAGCUAAGCAAGGUCAGCCCUGGUUAAGAAGUCCAGGGUCGAGGCGCACCUCUGAAUAUCUUUUGCCUUGAAAACCCUAUGGAGUCACCAUAAGUCAGCUGUGAUUUCACAGCAGAAAAGUGUAGAGACAGGCAGAGUAAUCUUUUUAAGUUUCCAGGUUCUGUUCAUUUGGCUGCCUCUUCCCUCAAGGCUGCAUAUUCUACUAUUGGAGAUCCCCAACAGGUGCUCUGAUAUCAGCAAUCUUAUUUUUAAACAAAGGACAGCAGUGCUCAAAAAGCAAUUUAUAGGUUGUCCCCCCCCCGCCUCCCCCCAAAAAGCUUUUCUUCAUAUACCUUGCUUCCUGUGACUGCUGGCAGUGGAAGUGAGUUCCUCUGGCUAACUAGGGUUCUUAAAACUGUUGCACUGCAAUUGCUGCUGUUAUGAGACAGUAAGUGCCUGAGCCUCAUGAAACAGCAGGAAACCAAAGCUUUGUUUGUUUCUUUUAAAAUGUUUUGUUUCUAGCUUAUGUUAAUGAAUGUGUAUGUAUAUAUGGAGUCAUUUUGUGUAUAUGAUGAAUAGUGAUCUCACUGGUGUAGAUGGCUUUAAAGAAAAUUAAGCACAAACCAUACUC